CGAACACCCGCGCGUUCGCUUCAAAUAUGGGCUUCUUUGAUCAUACUGGUACUAGUGAAGGCUUCAUAGAAGAUCCUUCCACCCGUGACCCUGGCUAUCUUUUGGGUUUUUCGGACACAACAUCUUCCACUGCAUCCUCUGCUCUGCUCUACCAGUUUCUCCUCCUCUUCUCAGGUCAAUUGGCUUCUAUCUCACGAGACAUAUUGUCACUGCGUCGUUCUGUUGCCUCACUCGAGUCAUCAUUGUCUGCAAGACGAAGCAUUGCAGACCCAUACCGAGGUAUCAUUUGAUAGUGAGGAAUUGGGUCGAAAGUUACACCACCUGUCCAGCAUCAUGACCGUCCAGGAGGGUCAAGUGAGCGCGCUGCGUGACACGGUCGGUACACUGCAGGCGUGCACAAAUCACGUUAGUCCAGACCGCCAACCACUUGCUGAACGCGCGCGGAGUUACACAGAGUUUGACGCUCCCCAGGAAUGUCUUCGUGUUCAAUCCAGUACUCAGAUUCAGGAACAUAUCGAUUGCAAGAAAGACUACGCUGCUUUGCGUCAGGACCUUCAAAAACUUUCGGACUUGGCUUCGAUAAAUGAUACUAAGACCAAUGUAUCGUUGGAUCAGCUUCGUAGUCAGAUCGUUGACCAGGUCAAAGACCAAAAUCGCACCGAGAAAGAAGUUGCACUCUUGCGCGAACAGAUGACAAAGAAAUUUGGGGCGUUUCAGUCCAGAGUAUCUUCUCUUACAUUAGACGCCGUGAAGGUACAUCAUGGCGUUCGAUUAUCAGACCAGGCUGCCAAAGAAGCUCGUCGGGUAAAAGCGAUGGCGGCGGUGGGCCGUCGUAUUAUGCAGCUUCAAGACACCAUCCCGCAGAAUAACGAAAAUGAUGCGGUAGUCCCGUCCCCGUGUUCUUCACCAAUAUCGGUUGGGCGUUUCCAGGUGGAUUUAUUCAACGUCUCGACGUCACCGUUCUUUCAUGAUUGUUGACAUGUGCUCGUCUCUUGACCAAUAGGACUCUGACGUGUUCAAGACUUCGACACCCUGUGUCCAAUGGGUUGGGACUACUACUCCUUCCGACCCCAAGGUACUGCAUUUAUCACCCCCAUCUGGGGAAUUCAUAAAUUUCAAGGGUAGGAGUCGAUCGACUUCUCAUUGACGAAGCUGACGCAACAUCAUGGAAAA